AUGCGCGGUGAUGGCAUUUUCGAAAGGUACUGCGCCGGCUUGACGCCGCUCUUCUUCACCCCCGAAGAGCGGCAGACUCUCGCACAGAAUGCGCUCAAGAAGCUGCUUCAGGUUACUGGAAAAGCUGUGUUGAUCGGUGAAGGCACCGGCGCGACGGCGUCAUGGCUUGCAGUCGACGUCAUGCCGGACCUGGUCGUUGGCGUAGUUGCCGUCGAGCCUCCUGGUCCGCCAUUUUGUGAAACAACCGUGCUGCGAAAUGGCACUCGAAAGUAUGAUUCAUUCACCACAUUCAACUCAGAUCGUCUCAAGUACGGCUUGUCGAACAUCCCCCUCACGUUCGAUCCUCCUGCUAGACCAGACAUUUCCGUGGAACGAGAGCCAAACAUUCACCCACUGGAUCUGGCUCUCUUUGUCCACAUCAGCAGCGGGAAAAGAAUGAUUCUUCAGUAUAGCCCAGACAAGAUCCCGGACGGCUUCUAUUUGGAGGAACAGAUGACGCAUGGCGAGGGCGCAAUGCAUGUGCGAAAGCUUACCAACUUGUCAAAGAUGCGGCAUGUGAUAUUCACUGGUGAAGCAAGCCACCACUCGGAGUAUGACAUUUCCACGAUGCACUUCAUGAGACAGGCCGGUCUCAGUGUUGACUGCGGAUUCUUGGAGAAAUACAAGACAAGCACAGCUUCCUCUUGGCGGCAGUUCUCGUCCGUCUGUCCCUUGCAGGGCGAUCUCUAUCCACCGUCUGGCUUUUAUCGGGCACCUCGCUCGAUGCCAGAGUUCCAAUCAAUCGGCCGUACUGCCGAGGCGGCUGCAAACGAGAUGUGGGAUGCCACCACGGGAGCUGCUCAUGAGGGUAGCGCGGGUGGCCUGUUGACUGAUGCCCAAUUUUGCCUGUCUGAGCCUGGUGAGGAUGACCUUCACACAGGUGGGCCUUCAAAGCGUUUCUAUCACAAAAAGUCAAGGGGAGAGGAUUAA